AGUAGCGGCUGUACAGCGGAAGCUAGCUACCACGAUAGCUAGGGAAAACUUAUCUGGAAAAACGAAAACCAGUUGGUAAGAAUCGCAAAAGCAUAUGUAUAAUUCACAGUUAUUGUCAUUGGAACUGUAUUUUAGGAAAAAUCUGAUUCGUUAUGGAGAAAUGGGAGAUUCAACCCUUCAAGUUCAAGACGUUUCCCCGCAACACGAUUCGUAAUGAAUGGGUUAAAUAUAAGCGCAACUUCGAUUACAUAGUUGCAGCUACGGGAGAGACGGACAAAACACGCAUCAAAAAUCUUUUUCUCGCUAGAGCUGGACCGGACCUCCAGGAAGUGUUCACUUCCAUUCCUGGGGCGGAUGUGGUCGAGGAUAAGGAGAACGGUGUCGAUCCGUAUGCGGUCGCAAUACAAAAACUUGACACUUACUUCUCGCCCAAGCAGCACGAAACGUUCGAGCGGAACGUUUUCUGGACGGUCAAGCCAAACCAAGGGGAAACAUUGGAGAAGUUCAUGCUGCGUUGCCAGGACCAAGCCAAUAAGUGCAACUUUGGAAGCACAGCCGAAGAAAGCAAGGCAAUAAGCGUGAUUGAUAAGGUCAUCUUAUUUGCCCCGAGUGAUCUGAAAGAGCAACUCUUGCAAAAAGAUUCUCUCAACAUCGAUGAGGUUGCCAGAAUCGUUACUUCAUAUGAGUCGGUAAAACACCAAGCACAAUUGAUGAGUCUGUCGUCGUUGUCGUCGUCUGGGUACGCAGAAUCUGUAAGCAACGAUGUUAAUGAGAGAAGCAUCAACAAGAUUCGGAACAUCCCGGUCAAAGAAUGUACAAGAUGUGGAAAGCGAGAUCAUUUUUCGAAUGAUGCAAAUUGUCCGGCACGCGGGAAAGAGUGCAUUAAGUGCAAAAGGAUUGGUCAUUUUGCUUCACGCUGUCGAACGCCUGCAGGGAAACGGAAGUACUCCGACGAACCGCGCCCUGGUCCGAGCAAGGAUUUCAAGCGGCACCGUAUAAACGAGAUAGGAACGGACGAAGAAAGAAAGGAUCGCGAUCGCAGCUUCAUAUUCAGCAUCAACGAUGGAGGAGAACUUCUAUGGCUUAAGCUAGGUGGGGUUACACUGCAACUUUUAAUCGAUUCCGGGUGUAAGAAAAACAUUAUCAACGAGAAAGCGUGGGAAUAUUUGAAGAAUAAUGGGGUCAGAGUACGGAAUCAAGAAAAGCAUUGCAGUGAGGUGUUUCUGCCAUAUGGGAAGGAUGCCAGUCCGUUGUCUGUCCUGGGAAAAUUCGAAGCGAGCAUCUCCGUGGAAGAUAAUGGGAAAAUCAUCGAACAGGAUGCAACGUUCUACGUCGUGGUCGGAGGUCAGCAAAGCUUGCUUGGUCGCACUACAGCCAUCAGUCUGGGUGUCCUUGUACUUGGAUUGCCGAGUACACAUGGAAUCAAUGUGGUGAACUCCUUACCCAAACGUCCAUUUCCCAAGAUAAAAGGUGUCCAGGUGGAUAUCCCGAUUGAUAAAAGUGUUGUUCCGGUUUGUCAACACCCCCGCCGUCCACCAAUCGCACUUUUGUCAAAAAUAGAGGAUAAAUUGACUUCCUUGCUUAACAGUGACAUCAUCGAGCCAGUUGAAGGUGGAUGUCAGUGGGUUUCACCAUUAGUGACGGUAGUCAAAGAUAACGGAGACCUUCGACUUUGUGUCGACAUGCGUCGGGCCAAUGCCGCAAUUUUGCGUGAGCGUCAUAUUAUGCCCACCAUAGAAGACUUUUUGCCACGAUUCAAGUCUGCAAAAUACUUUAGCCGUUUGGAUAUUAAGGAGGCCUUUCACCAGGUGGAACUAAAAGAGGAAAGUCGUUACAUAACAACUUUCAUAACCCACAAGGGUCUCUUCCGGUAUAAGCGGUUAAUGUAUGGGAUCGUUAUCGCUCCCGAAUUAUUCCAACGCCUUAUGGAACAGAUAUUAAGCCGAUGCGAGAAUACCGUAAGCUUUAUUGACGACAUCCUUAUCUUCGGCAGUAACGAGGAAGAGCACGAUUCGGCUCUGAAAUCGGUACUUUCUGUCAUGAACGAGCACGGAAUUCUCCUUAACCAGGAGAAGUGUUUGUUUAAAGUGAGUAGCUUGGACUUCCUCGGACACACAAUCUCAUCGGACGGUAUCAAACCUUCGAAUAGCAAAAUCAACGCGCUACAACAAUUCCGUCCACCAAUCACUGCUGAAGAGGUCCGAAGUUUCCUAGGGCUGGUGACGUAUGUCGGCCGGUUUCUCCCAAACCUUGCGACCAUUACUGCUCCACUUCGCGAAUUAACUCAUUCCGGCGUUAAGUUCUUUUGGGGCAAGGAGCAAGAAGAAUCGUUCGCGAAGCUCAAGGACAUGAUUGGUAAUGUUCAGCAGUUGUACUUUUUCGACAACAACCUCCGAACACGUUUAGUGGCAGACGCAUCGCCAGUAGCACUUGGGGCUGUGCUUAUUCAAUUCAAAGGUCCAACCGAUGAACAGCCUCGUCCGAUCGCAUACGCCAGCAAAAGCUUAACGGCCACAGAGCGCAGAUACUGCCAGACUGAAAAAGAAGCGUUGGCUUUGGUGUGGUCGGUUGAGCGAUUUGCAAUUUACCUGUACGGAAGGACUUUCGAACUGGAAACGGACCAUAAACCACUGGAGGCUAUUUUUCAGCCAACAUCUCGUCCUUGUGCUAGGGUUGAACGGUGGGUGUUACGCCUACAAUCAUUUUCUUUCGUGGUGAAAUAUUGCAAGGGAUCAACCAACAUUGCCGAUCCACUAUCCCGCCUGGCUGAAAACCCGUCGUCUGAGACCUUCGAUGGUGAAAGCAAAUUUAUGGUUUUGGCGGUUAUGGAGUCGGCUGCCAUUGACAUAGAAGAGCUUGAGGAUGCAACCAACACUGAUGGAGUGCUGGACACCGUUAAAAGAUGCCUGCGAUCUGGAUGCUGGGAUAAGGAAGAAAUCAAGCCGUUUUUGCCAUUCAAAAAUGAACUGGGGUUCGUUGGCGAAUUACUCGUUCGCGGAAACAAGCUCGUUGUACCGGAAAGAUUGAGAGACAGGAUGCUGGAUAUUGCUCAUGAAGGACACCCGGGUGAGUCCUUAAUGAAGCGACGUCUGCGUGAUCGUGUUUGGUGGCCGGGCAUGGACAAUGAUGCGGUGGCUCGCGUAAAAUCCUGUGAGGGCUGUCGUUUGGUCGGAUUACCAAGCAGACCUGAGCCGAUGAGUCGCCGUCCUUUACCGCUUGGACCAUGGAUCGACACCGCGAUUGACUUUCUUGGUCCUUUGCCAUGUGGUUCGUAUUUAUUAGUGAUCAUCGACUACUAUAGUCGGUAUAAAGAGGUGGAAAUAAUGUCAAAAAUAACGGCCAAAGAUACAAUCAGCAGACUGGACAGGAUUUUCACUCGCUUGGGCUACCCCCGGACUAUAACACUGGAUAAUGCCAAACAAUUUGUUAGCACGGAAUUGGAGACAUACAGCAAACUGCACGGCAUAACUUUGAACCACUCGACGCCGUACUGGCCCCAAGAAAACGGCCUUGUCGAACGACAAAACAGAUCCCUCAUAAAACGUCUUCAGAUAAGCGCUGCCUUGGGUAGAGAUUGGAAGCAAGACCUACAUGAUUAUCUCGUUAUGUAUUAUACCACGCCUCACUCGACUACUGGCAAAACACCCUCCGAGCUUAUGUACGGGCACACGAUUCGGUCAAAGUUGCCAGCGAUCGAGGACGUUGAGACAGCUCCACAACUUACAGAUUUCCGAGACAGAGAUCAACAACUGAAGGAAAAGGGGAAACAGGCAGAGGAUACCCGUCGUCGAGCUAGACGAUCCUCAAUCGGUUCUGGAGAUACUGUACUGAUGCAGAAUUUGUUACCAGCUAAUAAGCUGUCUACGACGUUCAACCCUAAGCCAUUCACGGUGGUUUCGCAGUCCGGUCCACGUGUAACGGUAGAGGACCCUGGAAACGGAAAGUCAUAUGCCAGAAAUGUUGCCCAUCUCAAAAAAGUUAUCGAACCCGAGGAUGAACCAAACGAAGUAACUCAUGACAGCCGUCAGAAUCAGGUUCAGUUGGAAUCAUCAUCAGAAGAGGAUUUCUUGGGAUUUGAGUCAGAGCCAGAAGAAACAGUUUCAUCGCCAGGGCCGUUCGUACAAAGUCGUCAGCGCAGAUCAGUGAAGAAACCAACUCGUUUUAAUGAUUACUAUUUGUAAGCUUUCUAAAAUUAAACCAAGGGAGAUGUGGUGCCGAGUGCGGCCCUGAUUAUCAAUUUAAUGUAAACACUGGAGUACGGGACUGGAAGAGAAGUGGGCAUUGGAAUGACAGCAUCGGUGUAGAAAAGGAGUGCAAAAUAA